AUGCCAACUCACGGGGAAAUUACUCCCCGUCGGGCCCGGGCCAAACGACACCAGAGACGGCAGUGGCUCGCAAGGCUUGGUGUCUCUUGGAUCUGCCGAACUGAAUGGGAUCAUAGCAGCAAUUUGCGAGAAGGCCUUCAAAGCCUCUGCUUUCCUUCCUCACACUUAUUCUCCUGUAACAAGCCUAUCCCCAUACCAGCAUGUUAACCCUGAAGCCCCGAAGUACGCUCCUCGGGCGCUCAGUUAGCCGCGUUCUCAGCAAUGUGAGGAUGGCGACAGCCGUGUCCCGCAUAGCUGACAGGAGGGUUGAAAUGUCGCCCCUCGAGCAAGGCAAUUAUAUUAACUACCAGCGUAUCGAGGACAAUUUGUCUGUUGUCAGGGGCAGACUCAACCGUCCCCUUACAUUAUCCGAAAAAAUCCUUUACGGUCAUUUGGAUGACCCUCACAACCAGGACAUCACUAGGGGUGUGAGCUACCUCAAGCUUCGCCCUGAUCGAGUGGCAUGCCAAGAUGCAACUGCCCAGAUGGCUCUUUUGCAGUUCAUGUCCGCCGGGAUGCCCACCACAGCUGUUCCCACGACAGUGCAUUGUGACCACCUGAUUGAGGCUCAACUUGGAGGACCGAAAGACCUUGCUCGUGCCAUUAAUAUAAAUAAAGAAGUCUAUGAUUUCUUGGCGACCGCGACCGCAAAGUAUGGCAUUGGUUUCUGGAAACCAGGCUCCGGUAUCAUUCACCAGAUAAUUUUGGAGAACUACGCUUUCCCUGGAGGGCUUAUGAUUGGGACUGAUUCACACACCCCCAACGCUGGUGGUCUCGGAAUGGUUGCUUGCGGCGUUGGUGGCGCAGACGCAGUCGACGUCAUGGCAGACCUUGCCUGGGAGCUCAAGUGUCCCAAAGUCAUUGGUGUCAACCUGACUGGAAAAAUUGGAGGCUGGACCACGCCUAAAGAUGUUAUACUCAAGGUUGCCGGUAUUCUCACGGUCAAGGGUGGCACGGGGGCUAUUGUGGAAUACAAGGGGCCGGGUGUUCAGUCCCUGUCCUGUACAGGAAUGGCUACUAUUUGCAACAUGGGAGCAGAAAUUGGCGCGACUACUUCGUUGUUCCCCUUUAACUCCCGUAUGGCGGAUUACCUCAAAGCAACUAAACGCGGCGAGAUUGCAGCCUAUGCCCAAUCCUUCCAGCGCAACCUCCAAGCGGACGAGAACGCAGAAUACGACCAGCAUAUCGAAAUUAAUCUCUCUGAGUUGGAACCUCAUAUCAAUGGUCCGUUCACUCCUGAUCUCGCGACUCCCAUAUCCAAGUUCGCGGAGGAGGUGAAAAGAAACGGCUGGCCACAGGAUCUCAAGGUCGCUCUCAUCGGUUCUUGCACCAACUCUUCCUAUGAGGAUAUGUCUCGUUCUGCCUCCAUUGCACGCGAAGCCACAGAGCAUGGCAUUGAGGUAAAGAGCAAGUUCACAAUUACUCCUGGUUCUGAGCAGGUCCGCGCUACCAUCGAUCGUGAUGGUCAAAUCGGAAUCUUUGAGAAGGUUGGUGGCCUCGUCCUUGCAAAUGCUUGCGGACCUUGCAUUGGCCAAUGGGAUCGUCAAGAUGUCAAAAAAGGAGAGCCCAAUUCCAUCAUUACAUCCUACAACCGCAACUUCACCGGUCGCAAUGAUGCUAAUCCCGCCACACAUGCGUUCGUUGCUUCCCCCGACAUUGUUACAGCCAUGGCUUUCGCCGGAGAUCUUACUUUCAAUCCACUUGCUGAUACCCUUAUCGGGGCUGAUGGCAAACCAUUUAAAUUUUCGGACCCAUCUGGACACGAACUCCCCCCUCGAGGAUACGACCCUGGCAAGGACACCUAUCAGAAACCCCCUCAUGAUCGCGCUAGUGUGAGCGUUGCAGUUGAUCCAAAGAGCGAUCGACUCCAGCUACUAGAGCCUUUCAAACCUUGGGACGGCCAGCAGCCUACCGAUCUCCCUAUUCUCAUUAAAGUCAAGGGAAAGUGUACCACCGAUCAUAUCAGUGCUGGCGGACCUUGGCUCAAGUAUCGUGGACACCUUCAAAACAUUUCGAGAAAUUGCUUAAUUGGCGCUAUCAAUGCUGCGAAUGGGGAGGCGAACAACGUUAAAAAUAAGUUGACUGGCGAGUGGAACGCAAUUCCUGAUGUGGCCCAAUAUUAUCGAGAUCAUGGCAUUAAGUGGGUGGUGAUUGGUGAUCACAAUUAUGGGGAAGGCUCCUCUCGAGAACAUGCUGCGCUUGAGCCCCGAUAUCUGGGUGGAUUGGCCAUCAUCGUCCGCAGCUUUGCCCGGAUUCACGAAACCAAUUUGAAGAAGCAGGGAAUGCUUGCGCUGACGUUUGCUGACCCUGCAGACUACGACAAAGUUCAGCCAGAUGAUAGAGUCACCAUCAAAGGUCUCGAAACAUUUGCACCAGGGAAAAAUAUACUUCUCGUUGCAAAACACUCUGAUGGUUCUAUUGACGAAAUUUCUUUGGCUCAUUCUUUCAACGAAGGGCAGAUUGAAUGGUUUAAGGCCGGCUCAGCCCUCAAUUUGGUGCGUAUUCUGCUUAUUGUCUCCUGUGAUAGAACAGAUAAUGUUGUCCACAGAUGGCGAAGCGCUCGAAAGCUUGAACGUCUGUUUCAAAAUAUUGUUUCUCUUCGCGUGCCGAAACUUCCCACUUGUACAUGAAUCCCUCACCUGCCGCCGAUUGUUACAUGAAGAAUCAUAUACUAGUGCCUGCCGCAUAGGAUGUACCCGUCAAACCUCUCGCGAUUAGUGAGAAGUCAUUAGCAGCCGCUGCCGUUCUUGCCGAUGAUCUCGAACUGGAAUGUUGACACCACUUGAGCCUCUGCUACUAUUAAAAGGAGAUGGUGAGUCACCUGAUAACGGUCUUCAUAAAUGCGUCCUUGGACUCGGAAGUCACCCUUCCAUUCGGGCUGAGUCGAGCCUGAAGGCAAAUAACGUUCAUCGGCAACCCGACGAGGGCACUCACAAUGCUGCUCACAUGAUUCAUUGCAUUAAUGACCCAGGCUCUUGCCUCAGAGUAUUUUGAAACAAUCGUUGACAGGACAGCGGCAAGAUUGGGUACGGCUGACCGUGGUGCAUCCCCAGCAAUGCCAAC